UUUAAAAUAAUGAGUACUAAACAUACACUCUUUUAAAUUACAUAAUAUCAAAUAAGCAUUACAGUAUCCAAAGUUACCAAAACGAUAAUCAUAAGGUAUCAAACUUUUUUUUUUUUUUUACAAUAAAACCAAUUUCAUAUAUACAUAUUGUUAUAAUACAUUGUUCUGGACACAACUUAGAAUUUCUUCUCAGAGCAUCCAAUCUGUUUCAAUGGGGAGAAAACCAUGGUCUCGGAAAAUAUAUCCUUCAUUUUUCAAGAUUCUUUUGGAUGACUUCUCAAACAAGUUGCAAAUUCCAGUGGCUUUUGCCAAGAAUUUUGAUGGAGAAGCUUCUCAACAAUGUCUCAUUUGGAACCCUUUUAAGAAAUUUUGGAAUGUUAACGUGGAAAAAACCAAUAACAGAUUGUUUUUUCAAAAGGGUUGGAAUCUAUUUUUGCUAGACAAUGGUUUAGAGUUUGGUGACCUUCUUGUCUUUCACUAUAAUGCUGGGAAAUCAGAAUUUUAUGUUGAUUUUUAUGGGAAAAAUUGCUGUCAAAAAAGGGGCAUAUCGCUAGGUUUUCACAGAAAGGAAGAUCAAUCUGAAAAUAAUCUUGAUGCUAAUCAAACAAAUAUGGUAAAUAUUGGAGUAAUUGACCUUGAAACUGAAGAUUCUGAGCCUAUUGAGCAAUAUAGAAGUGAAUCAUCAGAAGAUGAAUUUUUUGAAGAGAAAACUCAAACUAAGCGUGGUGGUUCAGGAAGGCCUCGAUUUCGAUCUCGUUGUGAUAGAGAAGUGAGAGCACUCGAAGAAGCCAACAAAUACAUUCCAAAGCAUCCUUUUUUCAAAUUAGUAAUGGCUGAAAGUUAUGUGAUGAAGGGACUUUUGGGUUUACCAAUCAGCUUUUACAGAACACAUAUGAAGCAAAUGCAGAGAAAUGGAAGCUUUAUCAUGUUGCAACAUUUAGGGAAGUCAUGGCCAGUGAAGUUUUGCAUUGACGAGCCGCUUAGGGCAAGGUUCGCCUUAGGAUGGGGUAAGUUUGUGAAGGACAACACUAUAGAAUUGGGAGAUGUUUGUGUCUUUGAGCUAAUGGAUGUGAGUGUGAUGAAGGUCUGUAUAUUUAGAGGUUAAAUAGUUGUAAUAGUUUCUCUAUUUUGGUAAAUCAUUUGUUGUUACUUUGGUAUAGGUGUUUAAUUAUAUAGUUUGACUCCAAAAUAAGUUUGUCUUAUUUACUUUAGUAAGAAGAUCAAGCUUUCUUUUGUUUAAUUAUACUAGUUUAUGCUUCAAGUUCCACAUUAGAUUACUCUUCUCUUUCGUAAAAAUUAUUUGUUUCUGUCUGUUGAAUGUCGAUAUGUAAUUUUUUUUUU